AUGGCCCGUAGCACAAUGAGAAUUCCGCGGACUGCGAAUGUUUAUCAAUACACAAAAUUAGACACAAAGAAGCAGCAGAUUCGUCUCCUGAAACUAUCGCGACCUCCAUCUGCCGCGAACGUACUACCCGACCGGAAUAUGAUCCAUUGCGAACUCGAGACGUUCGAUCUCGAUACUGCACCCGAAUAUAUCGCCCUGUCAUACACCUGGGGUGAUGCAUCGAAUAAUCAACAUAUUAUCGUAGGCAACAAAGCAAUGGCCGUUAGAAUGAAUUUGUUCGACUUCUUAUACGCCUUUCGCUUAGAUGAUGCCAACAUUCGCCACCUCUGGAUCGACCAGGUAUGCUCCAUGGCUCCUCUUUAA